AUGUCGCUGAAGAUUUGUAGGAUUUGCCUAAAUCCUACAGAUAUGGAUUGCCACAAAGAUGAUGGCGAGCAAUGGCCAAAGAAAGUUUGCAAAGACUGUAAACGCAAAACACUAGUCGCGUACGAACUUUACCAGCUUUGCAUGGCAAGUGGUGAACGCUUGCAACGGUUACUUAUGGAUAAAGGCGUGAAUUCGUUAGAUGAGGACGGACAUACGGAAAGUGGCGUAGCUGUGGAAAAAGAAUUCGUUCCUUGCGAAACGCUAGGUGAUUGUGUUUCGCAAUUCCCAAUAAAGGAGGAGGAAUCGGCAAGGGUUGAAGACAAAAUAGAUGUCAGUAAUUAUUUAUACCUUACUGUGGAAGAGGCACACCAAGCUAGUACAGCGGAACAGUAUCCGUGCCUGUACUGUGAGGGAGUAUGGUUUUCCUUACAAUCUCUCCUUGAUGAUCAUUUAAAGAAGCUGCACUUGAAUCAGGUUCACUAUUGCGCGCCUUGCAGUAGAGUUUUUUCCGAUAAAGACAAAUUUGAGUGCCAUCGAAAAUGUCACGCUUUGGGGCGGACUUUUUUCUGUACGAGCUGUGAAAAGGGUUUCCAAACUGCCGAAGGGCACAGGCUCCACGUGUUGUCGCACGACGACCCUUACCUGUGUUCGGAAUGCGGGAAAAAAUUUGAAACCAAAAGCAAUUUGAAGCAACAUGUGAAACGGCACUCCAAUGUGAAACCCUUUGUCUGCAAACUGUGUCCUUUGAAAUUCCACUCAAAAGGUGAACUACAAACGCAUCAGUACACACAUUCGAAAGUCAAACAAUUCAGUUGUGAUGUAUGCGGGGGACAGUUUACAAAAAAUUCUUCCUUGGUCAAGCACAAGCGAAUCCACACUGGUAUACGUCCAUUCAAUUGUGAUGCUUGUAGUCGAAGCUUCUACUCAGCGGAUCUUCUGAAGCGCCACAUGCUAACUCACACGGGAGAAAAGCCAUUUAAAUGCCGAUAUUGUGGACGUCAGUUCACCCAAAGCAAUGAUAUGGUGAAACAUACGCGGAUCCACAUUGGGGCCAACAUUUACCAGUGCGAUCGGUGUGAAGAUUCUUUCCGUUUACUCUCGGAACUACGAAAUCACUACAAGGUGCAUUACCAACAGAACGGUGAAAAGUGUAUCGGCUCUUCAACAGUGGUAGACGACCGGGAAAUUCGGUUCACCAGUACCGAUAUAUUGAAUCUACGAUACCUCAAGGAAGCGUCACAAAAGAAACCUGACGAAUAG